AUGUUCGAGCAGUGGGCGCAAUAUAGGAAUGGGUUUUUGCAGGCGCGAGUUAAAGGUAUUUCGGCUGUAUGUAUUAAUAAUCUACUAGAGCAGGAAAUGACUAAAAGGCAGGAAAAGCGUGAUCGGUGUGAUUUGGUACGUCAUGAGGGGCGUUCAUGUGCACCAUCAGCAAAUUACUUUGAAAAUCGCGCCCAAUUGGCGUACGGUUUUUGGGCAUUACCUAAACUAAUGAAAGAACUGGGCAGCGAUAAGAGCGAUGAACAAUGGCGAGCCAUCAAUUCAUUGGCCGAGCACAUCAGCAAUCCAUUACAUGGUCAGCGUGCUAUAAAUGUUUAUGAGAUUGUUAGAAGAUGUCAAAACAUUUUCACACGCUUUUAUAAAAGGUGCCACACCCCCAGAGUCCGCGAAAUGCAAGGACUUUUGAAUAUAUUUUAUUUAGUGGCCCAGCACAUGAAUGGCGGUAAACAUAUUUUAAGAAGUGAACGCUUAAUUGGUCACUUAUAUGACAUUGUGUAUAGUCGCGAUAGUAUGAUGUAUACGGCAUCAUCAAUUCUGGAUAUGAUAACGAAAGACAAGGACGAUGUUUUUUAUUUGCAAGAACAUUAUAGAGCCUUAAACAAAUUAACCGAUAUUUAUAGUCGCGACGUGUGUGUGCGUUCAUACCCGCCUAGUUUAUGGCGGCAUUUAGCCCGUUUUUUGGAAUUAAUGCCUCAUCAAGCAAUGGACCGAGGUUUCUUCAUGAUUCUGCGUAAACGAAUCAAGGGGCGUUUAUACAAUUACCAUAUACAUGAUAUGAAAUGCUUUGCUCUGCUAUUACGUUGUCCCGAAGGGUUGACGCAACUAUUAAAUUGCGACGGAAUUAAAGAGCUUUAUUUGAUACUAUCCGAUAAAACGAGAAUCUUAAGCACAUACGAAAAUGUGGUUUUCGCCCUGAUGAACGGUUUGUUCGGAAAAAAAAUUCUCUGGAGAUGUGCCGAAUUAAUUGAUAUGCCAGAUUUUAUAGUCGAUUUGGCGAAAAACUUUAAAAAUAUUAAUAUGCAGUUAUGGUGUUUUCAGUGUUUACGCGAAUUGGGUGCAAUUCCUUGCGUUAAACGUUACAUAAACGAGAGUUUCUACGAAGAUCUUAAGAAUAUAAAGUGCAAGGCGGACGCUAAUGAAAAACAACGCGCUGAACUAUUGUAUUGGCUGUCUCGUGAAGUCUAUCAUAUCAGUAAUUUGCGUUUACAUGAACGUGAAAAAGUAGAUGAAAAUUGCUUAUAA